AUGCCCGCUCGUAUGACAUCGCAGCAAAUUUCCCGCGCAGCACUCAGUAAUAUGCGGUCGGACAUGGUGCGCUACCUGAGCAAAGUCAUCUUCGAGAAUCCGCGAUGCUUGGAGGACAGCGACUCGGAACUCUCCGCGGCCGAUGCAGAAAAGAUUGCAGCCGAUCUGCUCGACUACAUGAAUAGCAACCUGGAAACCCUGGCAGCCCAGGUGUAUGACGAGGUGUUUGCCAUCAUGUUGCGUGACAUGUGGCUCGUGACCCUCCAAGCUGUGCAGGAGAUUUUGGCGCCGUCACCGCAGCGCCAUCUGAAGCUGGACCCCUUGACCUCGCGGCAGUUUUUUGUCAUUCAGUGCAUUCUGCGCGCCGCGCGCAGCUUUUUCUACCAGGACGGGGAUGGUCUAUCCUCUGAAGUGCUGGACAACGACACUUUUGUUGAGACCAUGGAGCUCUUGGCCUAUGCAGAACAAGGCAACACAGAAACUUUGUAUUCUGACGCUCGCCCCUCUCUCUCUCUCUCUCUCUCUCUCUCUCUCUCUCUCUCUCUCUCCCCUUGCUUCU